AUGCAUUUUCUUCACUCGUUGUUCGCCACGGGGAUCGGGCUCCGCCUGGUCGCUCUCGUAGCCGGACAUACCGAUUUCUCGACGGAGCAGUUCACCGGGACAUUGGACGGUAAGUCCGGGGUGCUGCGGUCCUUGAAACCGAAGGGCACGUCGGAGGAAUUCGACUUCUCGCCGUCCGACGUCUUUGACCAACGCAAUGGGAACGGCAACUAUCACACUGGCGACUUGACACUUCGGUACCGCGUUGGGGACUCGGGCGGCUGGACGAAUGUUGACACGGCGACGGAUCGAGGGGCGUUGGGAAGCAAGAAGGCCUCGAAUUCGUCCUCUAGCGCGGUGAUCGCGUCCUCGGAUCUUGGAGGAACAACCAAUGUGUCUCUGGCGGAUGACCUGUCCAUCACGCGCUCUUGGGUUGAGUAUGAAGGUGACUUAGCGUUGAAUUUCACCGUCACGAACAAGAACUCCGAGUCGAUCGAGCUGGGUAGUUUGGGGUUCCCGAUCGAGUGGAAUACAAUUUUCUUCGAGCGCACCGGGGAGGAAACGAGGCAUACCUGCGUCCUGGUGGAUCCGUACAUCGGCUUAGAUGCUGGUUAUGUGCAGGUUACGCGACUGCUAGGCACAGGGCCACAUUUGGUGAUUACGCCGCUCGGCGAGACCAAGUUCGAGGCGUGGCGAUUUCUACCGGAGACCGGAGAAAGCAAGCUUGCGUAUCACAGUCAGGUGUUUGAAGGGAACUAUGAGUGGCAAGUCUAUUCGAAGGCGUGGGCGGAGAACGAGUGGAAGGGAGUCACGCCGUGGAAUAAACCGACUUCGUUGACGCUGAAGCCUGGACAGACGGUCUCAUAUGGACUGAGGUUUAGUGUCGUCGAUUCGGUGGAGAAGAUCGAAAACAAAGUCGCGUCGUUGGGAAUUCCGGUGGCCCAGGGCGUACCUGGGUAUAUCUUGCCGAGGGAUCUGGAUGGGAAGAUGUUCGUCCGCACGAAUGAGACUGUUGAGAAGGUGGAUGUGAUCCCGGGGGGGUUGACCGUGAAACAGCUUGACGGUAUCAAUGACGAGUGGAAGGCCUUCAGUGUCACUCCUCAGGACGACGCCUUCGGUCGAACCAGGAUCGAACUAAAAUACGCGAACGGGCUCACCCACAGUCUACACUAUUAUGUCACAGACACCGGCCCCAAGUCGCUGUCGAAACUCGGAAGCUAUCUGACCGAAACCCAAUGGUUCGACGAGACAGACCCGUUUGGUCGGUCCCCAUCGAUCAUCACCUACGACCAUUCAGCCGACGCCCCAGUCCUCCAGGACAACCGAGUCUGGAUUGCCGGACUGAGCGACGAAGGCGGUGCUGGAGCGUUCGUCACGGCGGCCAUGAAGCAGAUUGCGCAGCCCGUCGCAAAGGAGAUCGCAAAACUCGAGACCUUCGUGAACGAAACCGUCUGGGCACGACUGCAGCUGACCAGCGGCGAGAACAAGUACGGCGUGCGGAAGAGUCUGUUCUACUACGACACAGAAGCGAUGCCGGAUUUUAGCUACGAUUCAAACAUCUACUGGCCGGGGGCUUGGGAUAAAGAAGGGGCGGACCUCCUGGACAGAGCGUAUAACUACGUGCACGUUACGUGUCUCUACUGGGCGCUGUAUCGCGCCGGACGGUCCUCGACUGCGUUGGAGCGCCAGAGUGCGCAGUGGUAUUUGGAACAGGCAUACGAGACAAUCCGCUUUGUCUACGGCACGCACAAGGAUGGCAGUAGAAACACCUGGUAUAAUGACCUCGGAUUAAUGGGCGAGACAGUCUGGAAACUGGUCCUAGACGACCUGAAGCUAGAGAAUUACACCACCGAAGCCGAGACUCUCGAAGGAAUCUUCAAACCACGAGCCCAGGAAUGGAGUACCCAGGAGGACCCGUUUGGCAGCGAACAAGCCUGGGACUGCACCGGCCAGGAAGGUGUCUACCUGUGGACUAAGUAUUUCGGAUUCACCGAGACGGCUCAGAAAACCAUCGAAUCGAUCCACGGGUUCAUGCCCACCGUUGCGCACUGGGGAUGGAACGGCAACGCGCGCCGAUACUGGGACUUUGGAACAGCCGGUAAACUCAGCCGCAUCGAGCGACAAAUCCACCACUACGGAUCCAGUCUCAACGCCCUCCCCAUCCUCGAUAACUACCAUUCCUCCAGCAACCCGACCUCCGACCUGAGUCUCUAUGACCUCCGAAUCGGCUACGGCGGGAACCAGGGCCCGUUGACGAAUAUCCACCAGGACGGCUUCGGAUCUAUGUCCUUCCACUCGUUCCCCGAGACGUUAGACUGGGAUGCGUACUCGGGCGAUUAUGGAUCUGGAUUCGUUGGACAUGUUCUGGGGGCCGCGACGUACGUACUCAAGCAUCCGACAUUCGGGUGGCUGAGUUACGGCGGCAAUGUGGUUUCGUCGGAGAACGGGCAGGUGGUGGUUGAGCCGAGGGAUUCGGUCAGACAGAGAGUUUAUGUGGUUGACGCUGGACUGUGGGUUGGUCUGGAUUUUGGAGCCAUUACUCGGGUCGCGGUCGAUCUGGAAAACAAGGCAGUUGUGCUGGAUAUCGAGAAGGGGGUGGAAGGCAUUGAGACGGUCAAUAUGGAGAGGGCGUUGGUGAAGUAUUCGGUCACUGACGGCAUUGUUGAAUCGGAGGUGAAGUUGACGAAAGGUGCGAAGGAUGGAAAGUAUGGCCAAGAGGUAGAUUUCGCGGAGGGCAAGGCGAGCCUGACUUUUUCUUGGUGAGUGUCUAUCUAGGUUGAGAUGUUUUCAUAAUGUUAGUGUUGUUGAAAUUAUGGACAUGUUAGUAUUCCUCAGUAGCUUUCGCAUAAUCAACUAAGGGGUUUCCAAAACGAAAGGUAAUUGGAAGCUGCCCAGUCUGCUUUCUUGAAGAUCAACCAC